ACGUAAUCAGAGAUUGUGAUUGCGGAGUUCCUGAACAAACAAAACAAAUGACAGCUGACCAUCAUAAGGGGCUACGGCCUCAUGUCACUCGACGAGUGGAAAUCCUUCGAUAAUGUGAACAACAAUACGGGAAACGUGUAGCCGCUGGUGAAUAGAUAACUAAGGAGAAAGACAGCGUAACGAGCUCACAGCUAGCUACGUGUUAGGCUUUAGCUAGCUUAGCUUAGCUUUGGUAAAGCGUCUUCAGUUGUAACGUUAACGUUGACGUUAGUUUAAUCAGCAGGGACUGAUUUAGUUUUCCAACAAUGUAUAAUCUGGAUAGUAUGUAUACGCUAAGAGACAUGCUAGUGUUUGCCUUUUUCUCCUCCGCCAGCGACUUUUCUCAACGGACCACUCAGGAGUGUUUUGUUUACAACCCGUGACAAGUGUUUAUCUCGACAACACAGCCAGCCACUAGCUGCUUAUCACAGGAUAGACCUCGCUUGCUAUUGCAGCUAAUGGUUGCUGUUUGUGUGGAUGCGGUUUAUGUAUGAGGAGUGUUUGUUGUCAGUUGAUCAGCAUCGUUUCCACAUGUCAGUCAGCUGUUUGUCAGUGUAAUCUGAGUUGUGGAAAAGCUUGUGUGAGCAGACACUAAAUAUGGAGGCUGUAAGACCAAAAAAGACCAAGGCAAAAGCCAGCGGAACAUCUCAGCUGGUCAGGAAGCAGAAGCAGGCAGGGGAAGACAAAAGGGCAUCGGCUCCAGCAGCUGUCUGUGAUGAGGCCUCCACCUCCGGCUUCACUGACAUCCCCCUCAGUCUGCUCUAUGAGGGGCCAGUGGAGGAGCCGCAGGACCCUGUCCAGCCCCCUGAGACCACACCACAGCCAUCAGAUCUGCCCUCUGAGAAACAGCAGACCUCGUCAUCACAUACUUUACCCACAUCAGUGUUAGAUAAUACUUCACGGUCGUCUAUGGCAUCACAGGAUACAGUGCAUCUGACAGAGACAAAAGAGGACAAUGAAGGAGAAGCAGCUCAGGGGGCUGGCCUUAAAAGUGAAGCACAGACCCCUGAGUUGGGAAAAGACACACAGUCGUGGAAUCCGCCUUGUGUUUCAACUCAAUUUCAGAUCCCAAAAGCCCCGAGUGCCCCUUCACUGUACCCCUCUCUUCCAACACUGGAGGAGGGCCUCGUGAUGCAGCUCCGUGAGGAAACUAUGAAAAGUAGGCAAAAGGGACCUGCAGUGUUGGCACUUCCUGAGCAAGAUACUUCCCCUCCAAGUUUGCAGCCUGUGGAGUCUGUAGCUGAACUUUCUAAGAGCAAACUCUACCCAGAAUUACCCGAGACAGCUCCAGAAAUUCAGCCGUUCUCACAGGAGCAGCUGAGUGUGUGGGAACCCGGCGGAGGUUUGCAAGCUUGGUUAGAGGGUGUUGAAGUGUGUGCAGCCCAGUUCUGCGCUCUAGCCCGGCAGGAGAGCCACGAACUGACCGAACUGCUGCAGAACUACUGGCGCUGUCGUAGACAGCUGACCCAGUCUCACACACAGUUACAUACACAGUCCUCUGACUGCAAGAGCACACAGAAUCGUCUCUGGAGCUUCAAAGAUGAACAGCUUACACUUCAGGGUGUAUGUGCAGAUCAAUCUAAGGUGUGUGGGUACCAUCGCUUCCAGCAGGCAGAGUUCAGUCAGUGUGUGCUUGCUGAGCUCAGGAGAAUGUUUGAAGCUCGCAGUGAGCUGCUCCAUCAGAAGGUGACGCUACAUGCGUACACUGCUCUGCUGUCACGCCUCCAGGUGGAAUCAUAUUUGUAUCAUCUACUCAAAGAUUACUCGGGUAGCAGAACACAGCCUUGUUCUCUCCAACCCUUGAAAGAGGCCGUCAGUGUCCUGUUUAGCUUUAUACGUAGAGUCCUGGAUGACACACAGUUUCAGACAGACAUCCAUCACUGGCUGGAGAGAUUGGUGGCAGUCCUGCUGCAUGUUGGAGGGUCAGGAGAGCACCUGUACCUACUGUGUCAUCUUCUGUGCUGUCCUGCCGGGGUGGGCCAGUGGGCUGCACCCUUUCUUCAGAUCCAAGUUUUGAGGAACACAUGUGGAGUACAGCACUUUAUGCAAGCUCUGGCCAUCCUAAUGUCACCUGCAAGACAACGGUCAGAGUUUCUGGGGCAUCUGAAGCCAUGUGAUAGCCAGAGCUCCGGUGCUUCUGGACCUGAUUCUGGCAACUGGACAUUAGUGGAUGAAGGGGGAGAGGAGGAUGAGGAGCCAGAGAGCAGCUGGUUGCUGCUCUGUGAGGAGGAUCUGAUCUCCCUGCUGACCCAGUUCCCGUUCCAGCAGCUCUAUUCACACAUGCUGGGGAUGAGCCAGCAGGGUGUUUAUGAACCCCAGGUCAGUUCCAGUCAGAAGAUGAUGCGUGUUUUUGCUUUUGCCUCUUCGCUCAUCGAAAUUCUCACUCUUGGACUGCAAACCUACAACAGGGCACGAUACAGACAGCUCGUUAAACGUAUAGGACACAUCAUACGAAUGACGGUGUGUUAUGUCAGUGAUCACUGGGCCCAAUACGUGAGUGUAAAUGGGGUUGGUGGAUCCAGCUCUCAUGGACACUCUCUGUCUUUGGACAAACUGCAGUUGGAAUAUGACAAUCUCUUCCUCAGAGCUGUUUUACAUGUACUCAGAAACAAAAGGUUGGGCAUUUGGUUGUUUAUGUCCGAGAUGCCGUAUGGGACUCUGUCCAGCUCUAUGCUGUGGAGGGUCCUUUACGUUAUGCAGUGCGCAGAGACAGCAGGACUUGAAACACUGGACUCUUCUAGUGACACACGCUCCUGCAUUCAGGCUCUUAGAGACACAGCGCACCAGGACAGGUUUGAGCACUGGCUGUGUGAAGUGAACAGCUCUGAUGGCAUCUCCCUCCUCACCGCACUGGCACACAUGGCCACACCAACUCAGCACUCUGACCCCGCAUUCAUCACAACCAUAACUCUGCUGAUGUACCAGGUGUCUUAUGUGAGUGUGUCUACCAGAGAAACUUACUCUAAAGUGGGGCGGGAGUUGCUGGCUACCAUAGCAACAGCCCAUCCCCAUGUUAUCUCUGUGCUCUUGGAGAGACUAAGAGAGACCAUACAAAGUGUGGGAAUGGUGGCUUUGUACUUGUGCAAAGAGCUGCCUCUGAAUCUGUGGCGGCCACGGCCAGAGGAAAUAUGCGUGAUCGGAGCCUGGCUGCUCCAGCAUCCUCUGUCUGCUGUCGAGAACCGGCUGGCUUGCGUUAUACUGGAGGGUCUGAACUGGGGUUACACACAGGAUGGCUCCUUGGCCUUGUUGUCAUCGCUCCACACUGAAGUGGCUCUGCUAGUGGCUGAAGCCUAUCAAAAGUACCUAACUGACAAACCGUACAGUGGCCUCAUAUCAGAGGGGAUCAAACAGGUGUCUUACCUUGCCAGUGUCCUUCGUUUGGGUGUAUCUCCUGAAGCAUCCUUUAGUCAAUGGGCUUGGCAACUGUUGCUAAGGCUGAAGCUCCAUGGCAAUUCCCAGAACCCAAAAGGAGCCUGGUCGGUCCCUGCUUUGUCGUCCAACCCACCUCCAGAGCUUACGCACACUCCCAGCAUGCACUCUGUUAUAAAGGCUGUAAAAGCAGGCAUUCCUAUUGGAUGCUACUUGUCCAUCGCCAUGACAACAGUGGGGCAUAGUCUAGAACACUUUUGCACUGAUGGAGUCGGGUUGUUGAAGAGUCUGAUUCAGUCUCGCCACCUGAGAGCUGCUGUGCAUCUUCUGGACAACAUCCUACCCCCAACCUACUCUCUCAGCUUCUACCUGCUCAACAACCCUCAGUUUGUGAGUUGUAUCCAGUUGUUCUUGCAGUACGACAGCGUGUGUCCUCAAGGUGUGACACAGCAGGUCACUCACCGGGUAGCACCACUCCUCACAGGAACCAUCUAUGGAGACAAUGUCCGACUGCUAAACAGUGUCAUUCAGAGUCAUGUGGUGGAGAGCUCACAACCCGGUCGUGUCGGUGCUGCUGUGGUGCUGGAGUUUUGGGUGGGGAUUUUGACUCAGCAGAACCUGUGGUACCGGGACAAAACUGUCCUGUUCCUUAUGGAUCAGAUCUGCUGUGCAGCAUUCACACGCCAUCAGGAGGACUGUGUGCAGAAACUUCUGUACCAACAGCAUAAGAAUGCCUUGGGUUACCAUGGAGAUCGGGGUCUGCUCUCCUCUCUGGUUGGCUGGAUUGCCGGAAAUGCCACACCCUCUUUCAUGGAGGGCCAAUCCCUGAGUGUGGAGGUUUGGUUUGCCUGGCUGGUGCUGAAUAUGGAGAGUGUGUUUGAGGAGGAUUCUCAGCUGAGACGCUGUGUUGAGAAUGAGCUCCUGUCAGAUCCCAACAUUUCCCCAGAACAAGCCUUAAAGAAGGCGCAGCAGAAGCUGAAGUUGCCAGUAGCACCAUCUCUGCAGCGGCUGCAGGUGUACCGCUGGGCGUGUCAGGCCUUAGCCACGCCUCCUGACCACCCCAUCCUUCCCCUGGUCUGGCAGAAGUUCCUACAGCUCUACCUUAGACAACCAGGACCUGAGUAUGGGCUGGUUGCAGGUGGAUGCAUCGGCCGAAGAUUCUUCCAGGGCUCUUCUCAGGCCGCUUUACUCAGAGACCUGAGACAGAGAAUACAGGAGGUGUCGGACUUCCACCAUGCCGCCAGCCAGGCCCUCAGGGUGCCCCCAGCACGCACACCUUCAUCAGACAGCCAGGGCGAUGGAAGCCCUGACAGUCCCCGUCCCCCUUACCUCACUUCUCCUCAGCUACACACAGAGCUGGUCAGGUUGUUUGGUGUAUUUGCGUUGUGGUUGGAUGAUGAGAAUCUGCAAAAGCAGGAAGUAUACCUGCCCUCUCUUCCUCCGGACUACGAACCACACAGACUGGCACAGGUCAUGCAGCGGCAGCAGGAACUGUGGCUCGAGUAUGUGGACCAGGAGCGUCUGCAGUAUGAUGAGAGAGAGGUUCUGUCUCUAUGGGAAAAGGUGCAGAGUGAGCCAAUCUUUUUGCAAGCCCAAAACCUCGGCUUCACUGACUACACCAGCCUCAACAAUGCAAGGGAACGUAUCCUGUCCAACCUGCAGAAGCAUCCAGUUCCCCGUCCAGCUCCAAAGCUGCAGCAGCAGAAGGCUCCAGUAGCUGAAGUCCCCACCACCUGCCUCACUGACUCUAAAGCUGCUGCUGGACUGCUGCAGUGGGACCUCCGCAUCCUGCAGGACCAGGCCAGGCUUGCAGUGGCACGCGAAGCCCAGCAAGUGGCGAUGGAGCAAGAGCUGCUGGAGAGCCUUCCUCUGCUGUAUAAGAACCAACCAGAGCAAGUCACCAUGGCCCUGGAGUGUAAAGGGAAGGGUGGGCAGCCGUGCCAGGGACCCGCAAACAUCACUGUCACAUGUGAGGGUGUCCAGAGACAGGAUGCCGUGCAGACUCAGAUAACAUCCAUACGCAGGGACAUCAAGAAGCUUCAAGCUGACGCCAUGGCUCCUCCACCUGAAAGCCUGGCCCAGGCUGCUGUCCACACUGAGAACUUUAUCACGGCUCUUGUGAACAUGUAUAAAGCAGAGAAAUCUCCAGCAGUGCAGCAUGUUGGCGUGUCUGCCUUCUACCUGGUGGUCUCCUUUGUGUGUGAAGACACACUGCGACAUCCCCCCACACGCCAGUACAUUUCCUCAUGUGUGGAGAUACUGGGACAGGUGUUUAUCCAGGGCAAUCCAGAGGAAUGUGGUCGUGUGCUGAAAACAAUCCUGGAGCAGAGGCGUCUUUGUCCGCUCAUUUCCCCCUUCUUCACUCCCAAUUCAGCACCCAAUCAGCUCGUCGUUCUCUACCAAGACGUGGUGACAUCUUUACAACUUGACAGUGCUGAUGUCAUUUUCAUGCUGCUUACAAAGUUUGAUUUAUCCCAGUGGCUGAAUGAGGCCCACCCAGUGUUUUCGGAGAGAACCCGUCUGCUGGAGUUGGUCCACGGAGCUCUCUGCAUCUGCGGUCGAGACCCUGAGCCUGAAUUUCUCACACCUUUUCACCUUUUCACCAAACACUGGACUUGGAUUUUACGCCACCAUUUCCCUGAUCACUACAGUGACUGCCUGCGUCUGCUUAUGACCAGCUCCUCAGACCAGUUACUGAGUCCGGAGUGCUGGAAGGUCACUCUGCGAGUGCUGGGCUGCUUGCCUCCGUCCCAUAAUACCAAGAGCAAAGCUGAACAAGCGCGCAGCACUGCCGACAUCUCUGGUCGAGCUGUCGGAUCUCCAUCUUCUCCCCACAGAUCUCCCAUCAGCCUUUCCCCUCAGCAGGUGGAUGAGACAGUUGAUUGGUUGAGUGAGUUCUUCCUGCGGAGUCGUCUCACUAAGCCAGACCUCAGCAGUUUUGGCCUGUACUCAGCCUGGCGUCCUUACAUUAAUGAGGUUGUUUCCUUCUGGGACCAUUUGAUUGGUUGUCUAAUCAAUGUACAGCUCAGCAGCUGUGCCAGAGAGAAAGCUCUGCUGGACCUACACAGUAAGAUUGUGAAGUUAUUUAAGCCUUGGAUCUUUCCUCUGGACACUGAGGAUGGCGGUAACCUCAAGUGCUACCCCUGGCUGGAGACAGACGCGAGUGCGGCAGGAUGCCUGGUCAGCCUGUAUGUCCAACUUACUGAAACACUGCAUCACAAAUUCAGAGAUCGUCUGUUCCCCGGCCAGAGAGGUACACUGUGGCUGUGUAUGAUGCAGUACUGUGAGAGCUGCACCGCUCCCCGAACGCCUGAGUACCUUCUCUACAUGUACCAUACACACCUCCGCAGCCUGCCCUGGAGACACCUGCACCCCGACACUCAGCUAAUGGAGCAGCUAUUCAAUGUGGAGAGAGGAAGUCCCAAGAGCUGCUUCCUUUUUCUGGGAGAAGUGUUGUGUGAAGUCAACUGGGUCAGCGUCCUAAGUGACCACUUACAAACACCCCCCAACUCUACGACAUAUCCAACUCUACCAGACACGGGUACUCAGAAGGAGACACACACCAUGUUAGUCUAUCUACUAUACAUGCUAGUUUUUCUGGCCAAGGAGGAACAAAUCCUAACUCAACAGGAUUCCCCUCUACUCAGUCUAUUGGUCCAAUCCACCUCUCUGCCCUGGCACCAACUGGACCUCUCCUCAUACCAGGGCAUUCUGGGAUAUGUCGUCACGCACUACCCUCCGUCUUUGCUGCUCAGUACUGAUUCUGCACCUCAGCUGCUGCUGAAAUCAUUACGCAGCGCCGCUGGGCUCCACCCCCGUCCUGAUGAAGUUCCACACUGUGAGGAGACGCGGAAGGCUGGAGCAUAUGUGUGCUGGUGUGUGCAGUCUUUGGUGACUCUGGAGCAAGGAGGUAGCAUCAGCCUCAGCAGCCUGGAGGCUCAGCUGGAGUCACUUCUAGAGAGCAUCGUGACAUUCAACCCACCAGAGAGGGGUUUGGAGCAGAGGCACAUGGCGUUCUGCAGUCUGUUCAGCGAUGCUCUGGCUUUGCUGAAUGGAGUUGGAGUCUCAACGGGCGAGGCACUUGCUGCUCAUGCCAUAACGUGGCUGGACAGGAAGGGGAGGGGUUUUCCUAUUCUGCCUCUUCUCACGGCUUGCUCCCGCUCUCUUGCAUCAGUACGGCACAUGACGCGGAUCAUGGAGGCAUGCAUUACAGCGUACUUCAACCACGCUGAGGAGGAGUCUUUAGGUUGGGGUCCUGUGUUGGUGUCGCUGCAGGUGCCAGAGCUCACGGUGGAUGACUUCCUCUCUGAGAGCCAAUCAGGAGGCAGCUUUCUGACGCUCUUUGCCUUCAUCCUGCAGCGACUCAACUCUGAAUACACAGGUGCCAAUGAGAGAAGGACUCUGGCUCUAAUUAACUCAUGGACCAACCAGGUCUUUCCCAGUGGCCCAGGUGAUGAAGCCAAGCUGUUUCUUUGGUGGCACAAAACACUUAGUCUGUCAGUGGAGCAGCUGAAGCCGCAGGCAGGCCAGACUGAAGUGUCAGGAGUCAUUAUGGGUCUGUUGAGGUUGCAAACCAGGCUGCUUCAGCUGGGAGAAGAAAGACUGAACUCUGGGUUGUUAGGAGCUAUCGGCCUGGGGAAGAAGUCUCCGGUCUCUAAUAGGUUCAGGGUGGUGGUACGCAGUCUGGCAGCAUUCCUGUCAAUCCAGGUGGCAUCCGAGACCGAGCUUCGACUCCAACCCACCAGUGACCUGCAGCUUUCUGCCAAAGCACAGCAAAUGAUGGGGGUGUUGGAGGCCAUGCUCGGCAAUAAGCAGUACGCAGAGUUAGAGGACUCUGUGAAUAAAGUUGUCCAGUUCAUCCGCUACCCAGGACACUGUCUCAGAGACGGACCCCGACUGCUGGCCCUGUUAGCCAACCUCCUAUACCCUGACCUCAGAUACCUACACAUUAUCCGUUAACCAUGACUUGACCUGACAUUCAUGCUGGAGAUCCGAGAGGACCUUAGUCUUCUGUGGCAAAUACAGUGACAGUUAAUCUCUGAACCAUCUUUCUGGAGCACAAAGUUUUUAAGUAGUGACACUGAAUUGCUGUUGCCGUUAUAUCAACAAGAGCUACAUGUCUUAUCAGAGAGGUCUUUGUGUGACAGACGCUGAAUGUUCAUCAGAGCUCGCUGUGCAUUUCUGAGGGAUACUUUUUGACUGGUCAAUGAAGAUUCCUAAAACCGGUCAGAGACAAACGUUACGUGCUAACCUCUUAUCUUUACUUGCACUUUGCUUUCUCGCUUAUGUUUAUGCCUUGUUGCUUUUUAUAUGACUUGCCUGUUUGUUUUUAACACAUCUGUUCUGUUCAAGGUUUGGGAGGAAGUUGCACAUAGUUAUUUAGCCAGAUUUCAUAAAUUAAAAUUCAACACUGGGGUUUAGGUGUAAGUUUCAAACCUGCAUGUAAAUUCUUACAUGAAAAAAUUGAAAGGUCCACAGACUAUUUGUAGGAAGUUGAAGUACAGAUCUUAUAGGCCUAAAAGUUUUGAAGUACUUUCUUAAAAUAGGGGUGUGGGCAUACCAGGAAGGCCAAAAGGCAUGUUUCCAUGGCUUAUACGUAUCCCUGAAGUCAGCUGUCAAUGCUAGCAUCUAGCUACAAUCUUGCAAUCCUAGAUGCUGUACACAUACAGAUGAAUACAGCAGCUGCUUGUAUGAAGUUAUCAUGUUUAGUAACAGAACAUUUGCCAGUAUUAUGUUCAUAUACAGCCAAAAGUGCUUUUGUUGUUUCUGCCAAAGAUAUGUUAUUUUCAUUUGCUCAACUCCUUAAACUUUCUUGACCAUGAACUGGUUGUUUUAUCUGUCUCUGUUUGGUAGAAAAACUGUAGCCUGAAUAAGUACAUGCAGUAGAAGACGAACUAAGCACCACUCACCAUGUCCCACACCACUUGGCUUCCUUAUAAAGUAGCGCGUGCAAUGUAAAACAAAUGACAGACGUCAUUGGUAUUACUAAGAGACCGGGAUGUCAUCGUCGUUGGAGCUUGAAUAACUGGACUUAAACAUACAAACAUGUUGGUCAUUUGAGGACAAAGGUAGAUUGUAAUUCCCAUUUAUCAGACCUCCACACCGUACUAUACAUCCACCAGUUUUCACAUUUCAAUCACCCUUGUCAGUUCACCUCUUCUGUCACUCUGUGCCAUUUUACUAUUUGUACUGCACUUCUCCUCGCCUUAUUGCCUAUGUUAUGUUUUGACUAUUAAUGUCAAAAGAAUUCUUUUUUAUUAGUCAGUGAUCAGGAAUGGGUCUGAAGGACUGCUGGAGGAGGGAGCUACCGAGCUGGGCUGCACAAAGGAGACAAGACUAUGUUUAGUAAAUGGAAGUGAAGGCCUCACAACUCAACUUUGUGAUCGGGGACCAUAUUGUACGUAGUACAUGGAAACCUCUGAGAGCAGGAAGACGGAUCUGUACUCCCUAGACGGGUCACGUGGAGGGACAUGUAACUGCUUUAUGAAUCAAGCUGUAAAUAACUAUUGAGAGAGAAAAAAAGCUCUGAACAGCAAUACAGGAAACAUUGUGCAACCUCUCCAACAAAACUGGCCUGCUGUCUGUAUUCUCCAUGCAUAACGCUGCUGAUGGUCAAACUGAAAUUAAAGCUUCCUUGUCUAAGAAGCCUGUUAUGACCAGUGUG